CUUUCCUUUGUAGAUCCUCUUCUACUCCUCUUGCCAAGAUGGAAAGCUCAGAUUCUAGUGAUAAAGGAAACCUUGAUCAAUCGGAAGCACAACGUCAAAGUCAGCUGGAUCGGUUAGAUCGAGAAGAAGCUUUCUAUCAGUUUGUUAACAACCUGAGCGAAGAGGACUACAGGCUUAUGAGAGAUAACAAUUUGCUAGGAACACCAGGUGAAAUUACUGAAGAAGAGUUGCUGAGAAGGCUACACCAAGUUAAAGAAGGUCCGCCACAGCAAAACAGUGAUGAGAAUAGAGGUGCAGAGUCUGCAGAAGAUGUUUCAAAUGGAGACUCUAUAAUAGACUGGCUUAAUUCAGUCCGACAGACUGGAAAUACAACGCGAAGUGGGCAACGAGGAAAUCAGUCUUGGAGAGCGGUGAGCCGGACUAACCCAAACAGUGGUGACUUCAGAUUCAGUUUGGAGAUAAAUGUCAACCGUAAUAAUGGAAACACAAAUCCAGAAACUGAGAAUGAGCCAUCUGUAGAGCCUUCCAGCGGGGAGGAUUUGGAAAACAGCCAAAGUGACUCUGAAAUUCCAAGGUCUGAAUCGCCAUCCACAAGACAGCCUGGAUCAGAACGUAGCACGUCUGAGGAGCUAACAACUGAGGAAGCCUCUCCUCCUAGAGGGCAGAGGAGAGCAAGAAGUAGGAGCCCAGAACAGCGGAGAACACGGGCUAGGACUGAUAGAAGUAGGUCACCUAUUAAUCCAGUGAGUGAGACUCCUCGCAGGGCUCAUCACAAUACAUCAUCUCAAACACUUGACCAUUCCUCAGUGAAUGAAGCUGAGGGAAGUUCUAGAACUAGGCAGCACGUGACCUUAAGGCAGCAUACAGUGGGGACUGAGAUGCCGAGUGAAAAUGCAGUUCUGUUUUCAGCCCCUGAAACGAGACCUGUUCCUCAAGCAGCAGGUUCUUCAGAAACUAAUGGCAGCAGCGAGUCUGCGACUCCUGGGCAGAGGCCUCCCACUAUAGUACUUGAUCUUCAAGUGAGGCGAGUUCGUCCCGGAGAAUAUCGGCAAAGAGACAGCAUAGCCAACAGAACUCGGUCCCGGUCCCAGACCCCCAACAACACGGUCACCUACGAAAGCGAGCGGGGAGGGUUUAGGCGCACGUUUUCACGUUCCGAGCGGGCUGGAGUGAGAACUUACGUCAGCACCAUUAGGAUUCCUAUCCGUAGAAUCUUAAACACGGGCUUGAGUGAGACGACAUCAGUUGCAAUUCAGACGAUGCUCAGGCAGAUAAUGACAGGCUUUGGAGAGUUAAGUUACUUUAUGUAUAGUGAUAGUGAUGCGGAUCCUAGUGGCCCCGCUCCGAAUCAGAGCGCGGAUGCUUCCGAGCCUCCCAACGGAGGAGGUGGUAGUUCAAGCAAUGAAGGUACAGACACGAGCUCAGGGGAGGUGUAUGAAGGUGGCAAUGAAGGUGGUUCGACAUCCGGCGUUAGGCGAGAAGGUCGGAAUGCGAGGGGAUCGGUCACGUUCGAAGAAAGUGGUUCUCUACCAUUCCUUAGCCUGGCACAGUUUUUCCUAUUAAACGAAGAUGACGAUGACCAACCAAGAGGACUCACCAAAGAACAAAUUGACAACCUAGCAAUGAGGAAUUUUGGUGAGAGCGAUGCUCUGAAAACCUGUAGCGUGUGUAUUACAGAAUACACGGAAGGCAACAAGCUUCGGAAACUGCCUUGCUCCCACGAGUACCACGUCCACUGCAUUGACCGCUGGUUAUCAGAAAAUUCCACUUGUCCCAUUUGUCGCAGAGCAGUCUUAGCUUCCGGUAACAGAGAGAGUGUUGUCUAAAAGAGGUCCGAAUUCCUGGCCGAGCAGCUAGUGUAAUAGUGAUGGGCAAAGAAGUCACUUCCUUUAUGGCCACUUUUUGAGUGGUACCUAAAUGUAUAGUAAUGACUCGGAGUGAAUCUUCUCUCAUGAAAGCAUUUUCUGAAUUAUAGCUUUUAAAAUUGGAGCAUUUCUUUAAUUAGCAUUUUCAAGGUCUAGUCAGUUUGUGAUAAAUAUCACUUGUCCAAAGACAUCCACCCAUUUAAAAAUAUUUUUUUCAUUAUGAAGACUAUUAAGUUCUUCCCCUGCCCCCCAGGCCAAUAAGCAUCUUGUCCUCAAGAUUGUACUUACGAGGAAUUCUUCUGAGAAGUCAUCCCAGCUAAAUGUAUGUGAGUCGUGAAGGAUUUUUUUGCAAGAGAUCUAGCUACCCGACUGAAAAAAUAAUAUGAACUUAAUUGCACACUUGGACAUACUUUUAAUUUUCAUACUGGGUUAAUAUUGGGCAUGUCUGUGUAAAUAACACUAAUGUUAGCCCUUUCCCCAUCACUAUGGCACGCUGUAGGAUGAGCUGUUAGCUUAAUCGGGAUAUUUAUCUUGUUGUGGAAAUAUAAGAAUUGCCUAUGCUUGUUUAAAUAAAAAAAAUCUGUUUUAAAAUUGUAAAGCUUUUUUGUAGAAGCUCAGUACUUUUUCAAUGCACUGUUGUACUAAUGCAUUAAGAAUUAAAAUUGUACCAUGCUUAGAAAUCGAGAUUGCUUUUCAUACAAAACCCACCACACAGAGAGCAAACUAAAUACGAGAGCUGCUUUUGUAACUGUGUACCUGUCAAGAGCAGUGCAUAUCUGUACUAUUUAUGUGAACAGCUACUGUAAUAUAAGAACAGUUGAAUCGGACAUCUUAAUUGCAUUAAAAAUGGAAAUUAAAUGUUAAUUGCAGUGUUUUGGCUCAAUAAUGCCACCAAAAAGACGAUAAAAAUUAGAAACU